CCUCUCCGGGCUGGGAGCUCCGGCCGAGCGGAGGCGCGACGGAGAGCACCAGCGCCGGGCGGAGAGCGGGGAGCGGACCGCCAGAGUGGGGCUUUGCGGAGAGCGAGGGCCGGACCGAGCCUCCCCAAAGGACCGAUGCGCCGGGUGGGGCGCUGGCCCCGGAGGGCGUGAGCCGCCCGCAGAUUGAGCAACUUGGGAACGCGCGGGCGGAGCGCGGGCGAGCCGGGCGCCCAGGACAGUCCUGCGGCGGGCGGGCGGGUGAACCGGCCGCGCCCUCGCCCCUCCCGGGCCUGCCCCCGCCGCGGCUGGCAGCGCGGAGGUUGGUUUUUGGAGGCGUCCCUGCUGAGGUGACAAAGAGUUCUCCCACGUGACACCCCAAGGUGCCUUUGAGGAACGCUCUCUGGACCUCCCUAUGGGCUGAUGAAGAAGCUGCCUCCCCACACCCUCUCUGUCCCCAGCUGAGAUUAUGGUGGAUUUGGGAUACGGCCCAGGCCUGGGCCUCCUGCUGCUGACCCAACCCGGCAGGCGUUAGCAAGAGCCCUGCACUGUCCGCCCCCCCUCCCCAGAGACCACCCCUCCUACCAGGGGCCUGGAGUUGGCGAGUGACUAUGCGGCUUGGGCUGUGUGUGGUGGCCCUGUUUCUGAGCUGGAUGCAUCUCGCUGCCGGCAGCCGGGGGAUCAAGGGGAAGAGGCAGAGGCGGAUCAGUGCCGAGGGGAGCCAGGCCUGUGCCAAAGGUUGUGAGCUCUGCUCAGAAGUCAACGGCUGCCUCAAGUGCUCGCCCAAGCUGUUCAUCCUGCUGGAGAGGAACGACAUCCGCCAGGUGGGCGUGUGCUUGCCCUCCUGCCCUCCUGGCUACUUUGACGCCCGCAACCCCGACAUGAACAAGUGCAUCAAGUGCAAGAUUGAGCACUGCGAGGCCUGCUUCAGCCACAACUUUUGCACCAAGUGUAAGGAGAGCUUAUACCUGCACAAGGGCCGCUGCUAUCCAGCCUGUCCCGAGGGCUCGGCGGCUGCCAACAGCACCAUGGAGUGCAGUAGUCCUGCACAAUGUGAAAUGAGUGAGUGGUCCCUGUGGGGGCCGUGCUCCAAGAAGAAGAGGCUGUGCGGCUUCCGGAGGGGCUCUGAGGAGCGGACACGGAGGGUGCUCCACGCCCCCGGGGGAGACCACGCUGCCUGCUCCGACACCAAGGAGACCCGCAGGUGCACAGUGCGGAGGACGCCCUGUCCUGAGGGGCAGAAGAGGAGGAAAGGUGGCCAGGGCCGGCGGGAGAACGCCAACAGGAACCUGAGCAGGAAGGAGAGCAAGGAGGCGGGCGCCGGCUCCCGGAGACGCAAGGGCCAGCAGCAGCCGCAGCACCAGGGGACAGCGGGGCCGGUCACGCCUGCAGGGCUCACCUAGGGGCCUAGGGACAUUCUUCAGCCUCCAGGCCCAUGCAGAAAGAGUCCAGCGCUGCUCUGUGUGAUGAAAGCUUUACUGAACUGGAGCGCUGGGGGCACAGCGUUCACGCACUCUCCAUACGUAUACGGACACACAAACACACACACACACACACACACACACACACGGGUCCAUGGCCAAACAUGCAACCAGCGUACAUGUGUGCAUCCGUGCGCACGCGCACACAGACACACACACACACACACACACACACACAAUCGAGGCCACCGGAUGACACUUUUAUCUCCCGGACGUCACCGUGUGAACAGGGUGGGGAGGUGGAGGGGUCACCUCUGCCUGGCAGAGGGCCCAGCGUCACAGACUUGGUUUGCGAUGCUCCCAAGGGACAUGUCAGAGAGACCAUUUCCCCGCGUGCAAGCCCAAACAGAGUGGAGACUUCUGGAGGAGCUGAUAGGAUCAGUCCAGGGUGGCAGACAGGAACCAAAACUCAAGGCCUGUUCAGCAUCUCCAGCUGUUUGACUUUAUCAUUGGAGAGUAUUGUUACACACCUAUGAUCCGUGUCAGGGCUGCCCCGACUCUGAAAACUGCUUAAAAGUUUAUUUCAAAUUAAAAACAAAACCAAAUGACAACAGUA